UCCCAGAUUUCCAGCUACAUAGUGGCUCACACCAUCGGUCGGCGUAUGCUGUAUCCAGGCUCUGUGUAUCUGCUGCAGAAAGCCCUGAUGCCCAUGUUGCUUCAAGGACAGGCCCGACUGAUAGAGGAAUACAACGGGAAACGAGGCAAGCUCACGGCUUGUGAUGGAAACGAAAUCGACACCAUGUUCAUGGACCGGAGAGAUACCAUGGAGCCCCAUGGCAAGAAGCUGGUGAUUUGCUGUGAAGGCAAUGCAGGAUUCUAUGAAGUUGGCUGUCUCUCCACCCCCUUGGAUGCUGGAUAUUCCGUGCUGGGAUGGAACCACCCUGGUUUUGCGGGCAGCACGGGAGCACCACUGCCGCAGAACGAGGCCAACGCUAUGGACGUGGUGAUGCAGUAUGCCAUCCACCGCUUGGGUUUCCUCCCGGAAGAUGUCAUCCUCUACGCCUGGUCCAUCGGGGGCUUUACAGCCACGUGGGCAGCCAUGUCAUACCCGGACGUCAGUGCCCUUAUUUUGGAUGCCUCCUUCGAUGACCUCGUUCCUCUUGCCCUCAAGGUCAUGCCGGAAAGCUGGAGGGGUUUGGUUACCAGAACAGUGAGGCUGUAUUUGAACCUUAACAACGCGGAACAACUUUGCAAGUACCAGGGUCCCGUGUUGCUGGUGCGCAGAACCAAAGACGAGAUCAUUACCACAACAGUUCCUGAAGAUAUAAUGUCCAACAGAGGGAACGACUUGCUUCUGAAGUUACUACAGUUCAGGUAUCCCAAAAUCAUGGCCGAGGAGGGGGUGAGAGUCGUACGAGAGUGGCUUGAAGCUUCCACUCCCAUGGAGGAGGCCUCUGUUUACAGCCGUUACGAGGUGGAAGAUGACUGGUGUCUGUCUGUGUUGACGUCCUACAAGGCGGAGCAUGAAGAUCCGUUUCCCUGGACUGUCGGAGAUGACAUGACUCCAGAAGGGAGACGACAGCUUGCACUAUUCCUGGCCCGGAAGCACCUCCAGAAUUUCGAAGCAACCCACUGCGCUCCGCUUCCUCCUCAAGACUUUCACCUCCCGUGGCAUUUAUAGCAUUACGGCCCUCCUCUGUGCUGCCCUCAUGGCUUUCUCUGUUGGCAUUGAUGUCUUUCCUUCUGUCCACCACAUUUGCUUUUCAUGCGUGUCUCUGUGUGUGUAUGUCGGACCGUCACCUCUUUCAUUCCCACCUGCACGCUGUAAAUCUGCAUCCUUCCCCCUGUAAUAUUUAUCCUCUACUCCCAAGAACCCUUCCCCCCGUAGUUGUAGGGGGUUGAAAAUAAAAGAUGGUAUUUUUUAUA